AGUUCAGACUAAGGUGGACUGUGAAGUGCCACCACUCAAACUGUAAUCAUACCACGUUAUCUAGUAGCAAGAGCUUGUAUAAACUAUAGAUCCGUGCGCACUGCAAAUACCGUUGGGUGACUGAGGGCCCAGAGAAUUUGAUCCCAAGCAGCAAUGUUCCUCACAAUCGACAGAAUCUCUCGAGUUGUGUUCUGGUUCUGCGUGAGCAGCGUCGUUUCAACAGCAGCUUCUAUCAUUGGUCUGGACUGCUGCACUGUGUUCUUUACAACUUGGUGUCUGUCUGCUGGGACCUGCCUUGUCUUAGCAAGCUUGAGGGUCGCACCAGAAGGGAAAGCAGUCCUGGUGAGUGGCUGUGAUUCUGGAUUUGGCCAUGCUGCCGCUCUCCACUUGCACAAACAGGGAUUCCGAGUGUUUGCAGGAUGCCUUCAAGCAAACGCCGGUGGAGAGGGAGCCAAAAAACUGAAGGAUAUAGACCCAGCGAGACUUCACGUCCUACAAUUGGACGUCACUAAACAGGAUGACAUUGAUCAAGCUUUGAAGUUUAUUUCUGACACAUUAAAGGACAAUGAGGUCCUAUGGGGUGUCAUCAACAACGCGGGUAUUGCCGUGUACGGGGCAGUCGAAUGGGUUUCGAUGGCAACGUUCAAGAGAGUCUGCGAAGUCAACCUUUUUGGUACUGUGGCCCUUACUAAGGCUUGCCUGGCACUUAUCAGGAGAGCAAAAGGACGCGUCGUUAACGUGGCCAGUGCCAGAGGAAGGAUGACUUCACCACUUGGCACCACUUACGAAGCCACUAAGUUUGCCAUAGAAGGAUUUAGCGAUGGCCUGAGGAAAGAAAUGAAGAGCUGGGGGGUUGAUGUCUGCAUAAUAGAACCUGGAAACUAUGUUGCAGGUACGAGCGUUUAUACAGAAAAGGUAGUGGACGCCAAUGCAGAGUCUCUGUGGCGAGAUAUGGAUGACCAAAUCAAAGAAGAUUACGGAGGAAGAGACGUUUUCGACAGAGUUCUGGCCUCGCAGAAGCGAAUCUGCUCUACUGGGUUCAAAGACAUAACGCCAGUCGUCACAGCCAUGGCUGAUUCCCUGACUCAGAAAUAUCCCCAGGAACGCUACCAGCCUAUGGGCCUGUAUCUCUACUUAAUCACGUUCAUCUCUCAGCACUUUCCCGAAUGGGUCAGUGAUUACAUAAGCCUGGAGAUUUUGAUGAAGCAAGGAUGGUAGGGCUACGACGAAUGGUCCUUACUCAAAUUAUGAAAUAAUUGCGAAUUCGACACGGUCAUCAAGACACCUUCAGUGCUUUCCAAUGUCAAGAUUGGUCAUUAAUUUGUAAAAAACAAUAAAUUAAUGAAUAAAAUAGUACAAGAAUGAUUU